CAGGGGAGCAAAGAAACCGCCGGCGGAGCAGUGGCGGCCGCGGUCUCCCGCGGAGCGCGGCCCGCCGAGGGGGCGGGACAUGGAGGGGGCGGGGCGGGGCCUGACGGGAGGGGGCGGGGCGGGCAGCCUCUAGUGCCGCGCCGGGACUGACGGGCGAGCCGGUCCCCGACCCCCACGUACUCGCCCGCCCCCUCCGGGGCCGUCCGGGGACUCUAACCCCCAACCCUGGUGCCGCCUGACGGAGCGGGAGUGUCUCGCUCCGGGCCGGCCGGCGCCGGGGGUGACGCUGCCGGGACGGGGCUGGGGGCGCGCGAGGGGCCGAGCAUCCUUCUCCUCAGCUCGCCGGCCCCAGCCCCCGCCUCCCCAGCUCCUCCCGCCUGGCCGCCCCGGCCCGCCGUGACCCCCGGCCGCCUCCAGAGCGCGACGCGCAGGGCAUAUACUUCUCUUGUCUUGGUUGGAUGCACAAAUCUGUGUGCAGUGCUUUUUGCCCGUUGCCUAGACGAUCACUUGGUUUCUCUGAGGAUGUCUGGUUCUCGUAAAGAGUUUGAUGUGAAACAGAUUUUGAAAAUCAGAUGGAGGUGGUUUGGCCAUCAAGCAUCAUCUAAUUCUACAGUUGACAGCCAGCAGGGAGAAUUUUGGAACCGAGGACAGACUGGAGCAAACGGUGGGAGAAAGUUUUUAGAUCCAUGUAGCCUACAAUUGCCUUUGGCUUCAAUUGGUUACCAAAGGUCCAGCCAACUGGAUUUUCAGAAUUCGCCUUCUUGGCCAAUGGCAUCCACCUCUGAAGUCCCUGCAUUUGAGUUUACAGCAGAAGAUUGUGGCGGUGCACAUUGGCUGGAUAGACCAGAAGUGGAUGAUGGCACUAGUGAAGAAGAAAAUGAAUCUGAUUCCAGUUCAUGCAGGACUUCUAAUAGUAGUCAGACAUUAUCAUCCUGUCAUACUAUGGAGCCAUGUUCAUCAGAUGAAUUUUUCCAAGCCCUUAAUCAUGCCGAGCAAACAUUUAAAAAAAUGGAAAACUAUUUGAGACAUAAACAGUUGUGCGAUGUAAUUUUAGUUGCUGGUGAUCGCAGAAUUCCAGCUCACAGAUUGGUGCUCUCCUCUGUCUCAGACUAUUUUGCUGCCAUGUUUACUAAUGAUGUCAGGGAAGCGAGACAAGAAGAAAUAAAAAUGGAAGGUGUAGAACCGAAUUCAUUGUGGUCCUUGAUACAGUAUGCUUAUACAGGCCGCCUUGAAUUAAAAGAAGAUAAUAUUGAGUCCCUGUUAUCUACAGCUUGCCUUCUUCAGCUUUCGCAGGUUGUAGAAGCAUGCUGUAAGUUUUUAAUGAAACAACUUCAUCCAUCCAACUGUCUUGGAAUUCGUUCUUUUGCUGAUGCUCAAGGUUGUACAGAUUUGCAUAAAGUGGCUCACAAUUAUACUAUGGAGCAUUUCAUGGAAGUAAUCAGAAACCAGGAAUUUGUAUUAUUACCAGCCAGUGAAAUUGCAAAGCUCUUGGCUAGUGAUGACAUGAACAUUCCUAAUGAGGAGACAAUAUUGAAUGCACUUCUUACUUGGGUCCGUCAGGAUUUGGAACAGAGACGGAAAGAUCUAAGUAAACUUCUGGCUUAUAUUAGGCUACCUCUUCUUGCACCACAGUUUCUGGCAGACAUGGAAAAUAAUGCACUUUUCCGGGAUGAUAUAGAAUGUCAGAAACUCAUUAUGGAAGCAAUGAAGUACCAUUUAUUACCAGAGAGAAGACCCAUGUUACAGAGUCCUCGGACAAAACCUAGGAAGUCAACUGUUGGUACAUUAUUUGCAGUUGGGGGAAUGGAUUCAACAAAAGGAGCAACAAGCAUUGAAAAGUAUGAUCUCCGUACAAAUAUGUGGACUCCAGUAGCAAAUAUGAAUGGGAGGAGGCUACAGUUCGGUGUUGCAGUGCUAGAUGACAAACUGUAUGUGGUUGGAGGAAGAGAUGGACUGAAGACAUUGAAUACUGUAGAAUGCUACAACCCCAAAACAAAAACUUGGAGUGUGAUGCCACCAAUGUCAACACAUAGACAUGGCCUUGGUGUGGCUGUACUAGAAGGUCCCAUGUAUGCCGUAGGAGGACAUGAUGGCUGGAGCUAUCUGAACACAGUGGAAAGAUGGGAUCCUCAGGCUCGCCAGUGGAAUUUUGUUGCCACUAUGUCUACCCCUAGGAGUACAGUAGGUGUAGCAGUACUAAGUGGAAAACUUUAUGCAGUUGGUGGUCGUGAUGGAAGUUCUUGUCUGAAAUCAGUAGAAUGUUUUGAUCCUCAUACUAAUAAGUGGACACUGUGUGCACAGAUGUCAAAAAGGAGAGGUGGUGUAGGAGUGACGACCUGGAACGGACUGCUGUAUGCUAUAGGGGGGCAUGACGCUCCGGCAUCCAACUUGACUUCCAGACUCUCAGACUGUGUGGAGAGAUAUGAUCCCAAAACAGACAUGUGGACUGCAGUAGCAUCAAUGAGCAUCAGCAGAGAUGCAGUGGGGGUCUGUUUACUUGGCGAUAAGUUAUAUGCUGUAGGGGGAUAUGAUGGACAGGCAUACCUUAAUACCGUGGAGGCUUAUGAUCCCCAGACAAAUGAGUGGACCCAGGUUGCUCCACUGUGCCUAGGAAGAGCUGGAGCUUGUGUUGUGACUGUAAAAUUAUAAUUUAGUGCUCUGUUUUCUACAUGAAGACACUGUCUUCCUUUAUUCAUUUAGUACAAUUAUUAUAUCAAUGGAUGCAUUUUUGGUAAAUGUGCAUUGCCACAAUCCUGGGCACAAAGUGCCUGAUCUCAAAGUGAAGAUAGUAAAACGAGAGAGGAAGGAGUGGAUGGACCAGGAUUAAUUCAUUUCUUAGUAAAUUAAAACCUGCAGCUGGUGGAUUGUGAACACACAUUCCUGAUGUAAUAUGUGAGGACAAAUGCACGGCUCUGGAACGUAACCCAGUGCUAACUGGGGAUUUCAUUCAGUCAAGCACAUCUUACUCACAUCCAGAUUUAUUUUCUUACAGUGAACACACACCAGAUGAAACUACUAAAAUGUUACUUUUUGUAAGUGUAUCAUAUAUGAGUUGCAGUAGUUUGGCUUGUUUGUUUAACCACAACCACUAUUUUAAUGAUAUACUAAAGAUAACACUAUUUAGUUUUUUCAGAGAAAUUUGCAUUAUAUGCAUGUGGGUUGUGGAUUUUGUUUCUAAAAUUGGCUUAGUACAGUAAAUAAAUGCAUUAAAGACUUAAAGCAACAAUAACCAAAUAAAAACUUGACAGGAUCUUUGAAGUCUAUUUAAUAUUCAUUCCAUUACAUCUAGACUCACCAAGAACUACAUGUUAUGAUAUUAAGUUGAAGUUGAAACAUGACGUUUUGCAUUAAAUUUAGGAUAUGCAAAUUUAUGUAGAGAAAAUGUUGUAUACCCUAUAAUGUUCUUUCACCUAAUUAUUUAAUUAUAUGAAUUUGUUUUAUAUUAUAAAAGAUCUCUUGAUUUUGUCUUUUGAUAUUGACAAAAUUAUUUGGCUAUUCUUAUGUUUUCAAGUCUGUAUCUGCCUCCCUUGCCUUAUUUCUUAUGUUUUGCCACAGUUAACCCAUUGUGCUUCUUUGUAAUCAAACAGUUUGGGGGUGGGGAAUGGGCUUACUGAAUGUCUAAAAAAUAAGUUUAAAGUGUUUGUUACCCCAAGUUUUGUACAUUUGUAAACUCUAAUUACAUAUGUAAAUGUUAUUACUCUCAGUGAAUUGUUAUUGUUUGCAAAAAUGCACUGGGAAGUAACAUUUUGUGAUAAAUCCUGUGAGAGAUAAGUCAUUGAGAUGUCUAAGAUGCUUUUUAUCUUAACCCCAAUUAAUGACCUUAUGGAAAAUAAUAUUUGCUUAUAAUUAUUCAUUGUUCAUUGUGAACUAGGAAUCAAGGUUUUUGUAUGUAUCAAUGCACUUAAUCCUCACAACAACCUUAGGAGGUACUUCUAUUAUUCCCUUUUUAGAGCUAACGAAAUUGAAAUACAGAGAAGUUGGCCCCAAGGUUAUAUAUUGCAAGUAAGUGGCAGAGCACGGAUUUAUACACAGCAGUCUCACUCAGCAGUUUUCACUCUUACUAUUUCUGCCACUUGGUAGAAAAAAAAGAUUUCAUUUUAUGUGAAGAAUUAUUUAUUUUAAUUUAAAAAAAGAGGGCUUAUGCUCUUUAGUAAUAAAAUUUACCAGUAACAAUCAAUCAGAACAUUUUGGUUCCUUAGUAUUUAGGGAAAAUUUUUGUUUAAAUCUCUUAUAGAAUUUUAGAUCUUUUGCUUUAGAAAAGUAGAUGCAAUAUAAUAUAUUUCAAGUUUUAUACAUAUUAGAUGAAUUGCAUGGUAUUUUAGGCAACUUAACUAUAAACAAAUUCAUAAAAACAAGCAUUAUUGCCAACAAAUUAGAUGACCUAGAUGAAAUGGGAAAGUUCCUAGAAACACACCAAUUGCCAAAACUGGCUCAAAAGGAAAUAAAAAAUCCAAACAGGCCUAUGACAGGUAAAAAGAUUGAACCAGUAAUCAAAAAUCUCCCAGCAAGAAAAGUCUGGCACUAAAUGGGUUUACUGGCAAACUAUACCAAACAUAUAGAGAAGAAUUAACACUAAUUCUUCUCGAACUCUCCCAAAAAAUGGAAGAGAAAGGAGCACUUUGUAACUCAUUCUAUAAGGCCAGCAUUACCUUAACACCAAAGCCAGACAAAGAGCUCACAAGGAAACUAUAGACCAAUAUCCCUUAUGAAUAUAGAUGCAAAAAACUUCAAAAUACUAGCAGGCCAAAUCCAACAGCUUAUUAAAAUGAUCAUACACCAUGACCAAAUGAGAUAUAUCGAAGAAAUACAGGGAUGGUUCUACAUACAAACAUCAAUCGAUGUAAUAGAGUGUAUUAGUAGAAUGCAGGGGAAAAAACAGGAUCAUCUCAAUUGAUAAGAAAAAGCAUUUGACAAAUCAACACCCUUUCAUGGUGAAAACACUCCACAAACUAGGAAGAAAAGGAAACUUUCUUAACCUGAUAAAGGCAUUCAUAAAAACCCACAGCUAACAACAUAAUAGCAAAACAUUGAAAGCUUUUCCCCUAAUAAUGAAAAUGCCCGUUUUCCCCACUGUUAUUCAAUAUUGUACUAUUAAGUCCUAGCCACAGCAAUUAUGCAAGAAAAAGAAAUAAAAUGAAUCACAAACAGGAAGAAGUAAAACUACAUUUGCAGAAAAUGUGGUCCUAUAUAUUAGAAAUUACCUAAAGAAUCCACGGAAUGACUACAGAUGAUUUUAAAAAUUUGGCAAUGUUGCAGGAUGCAAGAUCUAAGUCACACAAAAGUCUAAGAAAAAUCUGAGAGGAAAUUAAAACAAUUUCAUUUAUAAUAACAUCAAAAAGAAUAAAAUACUUAGGAAUAAAUUUGACCAUGAAAAUGCAAGGCUUGGGCACUGAAAAGUAUAAAACAUUGCUGAAAAAAAUUAAGAUCUAAAUAAAUGGAAGACUCAACAUUAAGGUGGCAUUACUCCCAAAGUUAGUCUAUAGAUUCAACACGAUUCCAUUCAAAUUCUAGUGACCCUUUUAUAGUAACCGAAAAGCUGACCCUAAAAUUUAUAUGAGAUUGCAAGUUACUGAAGGUACUCAAGCCUAUUCAAAACAAUCUUGAACAAGAAUAAAGGUGAAGGACUCACAUUUUCCAAUUUCAAAAUUUACUGCAAAGCUACUUCAGUCAAAACAGUGUUGUGCUGGUAUGAAAUACAUAAACCAAUACAGUAGAAUGGAAAGUCCAGAAAUAAAUUAUGUCAAUACGCUACGGUCAACUGAUUUUUGGCAAGGAUUCCAAGACCACUCAGUGAAGAAAGAAUAGUGUCUUCAACUAAUAGUGCUAAAACAAGUGAAUAUUCACAUGCAAAAGAAUGAGGUUGGAUCCUUCACACCAUGGAUAAAAAUUAGUUCAAAACAGAUCAAAGACCUAAACGUAAGAGCUAAAACUGUAAGACUCUGAGAAGAACAUAUAGGCAUAAAUCUUCACGACCUUGGAUUUGGCAAUGGUUUCUUAGAUACUAAAAGCAUAAGCAACACCAGCCAAAAAAAAAAGACAAAUUAGACUUCAUAAAAAUUAAAAGCUUUUACAUAUCAAGGGAUACUAUAAAGAAAGUGAAAAGACAACCCACAGAAUGGGAGAAAAUAUCUGUAAAUCUUACAUAUCUGGUAAGGAACUAAUAUCUAGAAUAUAUAAGGAACUCCUAUGCUCAACAACAAAAACACAACCCAAUUUUAAAGUGGGCAAAGAACUUAAAUAACUAUUUCUCUAAUGAAGAUAUACAAAUGGCCAACAAGCACAUGGAAAGAUGCUCAAUGCCAUCAGUCAUUAUGCAAAUUAAUGCCACAAGAAGAUAACCACUUCACACCCAUUAGAAUGACUUAAAGAAAGAAAAUAGACCUAGGAUCUAAACCUGUAGAAAAAAAAAAUAGUGAAAAGAAAGUAAACGUUAGAGAGGAUGUGGAGAAACUGAAAAUCUUCAUUCAUUGUUGAUGGGAAUGUUAAAUGGUGUAGCCACUGUGGAAAACAGUUUGGCAGUUAAUAACUUAAACACAGAAUUACCAUAUGAUCCAGCAAGUCUACUCCUGGGCAUAUACUGAAAAGAUCUGAAAACAGGUGUUCAAGCAAAAACUUUCACACAAAUUUUCAUCACAGCUCUAGACACAAUACCCAAAAAAGUGGAAACAACCCAAAAGGCCAUCAGCUGAUGAAUGAAUAAAACUGUGGUAUCUAUACACUGUGCAAUAGAAUAUUCAGCCAUAAAGAGAAAUGAGGUACUGAUACAUGCUAAAACAUGGAUGGCCUUGAGCACAUUUUGCCAAGUGAAAGAAGGCAGAUACAAAAGGCAAUGUAUUGCAAGAGUGCAUUUAUAUGAAAUAGCCAAAAUAGGCAAAUCCAUGGAGACAGCAGAUAAAUGGCUGUAAGAGGCUGAGAGAAAGGAGGAGUAGGGUGUGACUGCUAAUGAGUAAGGAGUUUCCUUUUAGGGUGAUGGAAACGUUCUGGAACUAUUUACUGGGGAGAAUUGCACAAUAUGGUGAAGGUACUCAGUGUCACUAAUGGUCAAUUUUACAUACACUUUGCCGUAAUUUUUUUUGCCAUAAUUUUUUAAAAGCUUUAUUAGCUACAUUAUGUUAUGAUACUUAAAUGUCCUAACAAGCAUUCUGUACACAUCACUAGGAUCAAAACUCUGGAUUUAUAUGUAUUCAGAAGAGAAUUUUUUCAGUGUAAUUUGCAAAUAAAUGAAUUUCUAAAAAUCUGACAGAAAGGCUCUUGAAUCUCCAUUUUAACCUAAGAAGGGAGUGAGAAACAAUGGCAGCCAUGGGGAAAGUUAAUGGGGAACUUCCCCAAUGCCUGGUACAUGGCAGGCAUUCCAUAAAUGUUUUCUAAAAGUUGAAGUAGAUACCUUUUGAUAAACUCUGUGAUAUUUGGAAUUGUUGAUAACUCUUACUGAAAAGCAAAUAUUCAAUAAAAUGAUAUUUAAUUUUACUGUGA